AUGAUAUUGAAGCCAUGGAUUGCUAAUUUUGAUUUCACAAAGGAGUUCCUGCAGGAUAUUCCCAUGUGGGUGGUAUUGCCAAACCUACCCAUGACUUGUUGGGGAGGAAAAUCACUGAGUAGGAUUGCCAGUGCAAUAGGAAAACCACUGUAUGCUGAUGAGUGUACCUCAAAACAGAAAAAGCUUUCCUAUGCUCGCAUGCUCAUUGAAAUAAAUGUUACAACGCCACUUCCUACUAGUGUCUUAGUAUGGGAACCAGAUGGGAGACAAUUUGAACAAUCAAUUGAAUAUGAUUGGAAACCAGAAUUCUGUGAGGUUUGCUUAAAAAUAGGUCAUUACUACAAGCAAAAAGAAGUUGAGAAUCAGACCUUUAUGCAGCUAAGGAGAAGAAGAAGAAGACCAAGAGAAAAUGCCCAGCCAACACAUACAGAUGUUGGACCUCCAAAGAUGAUACAGGAGUGGAGAACAAAAGCAAUUGUUGACAAAACUGAUAAGGCAGCUAAGCUUAUGGUGACUACCAAAGCCACAACUGGUGAGCAUUAUCAACAGGAAGUUGGACAGAGGCAGAUGGCAUUGCUUAUCAGGGAGGACCAGAUGAGCAGCAAGGGACCUGCUAAGGAAAGCAUCAGAGAGGAGGAGCAAGAACAUAAAAUCCCUGAACUUAGUUGUCCCAGGGAAUUUCCAGCUCUGGUACAGAGGAACAUUGGUACUUCAGAGAAAACAGGUGGAUUAAGGAGUAAUAAUAACAUGCCUAUAGCAGAGAUUGGAUUGCUUGAGACAAGAGUCAAAGAACCAAAUGUGAAGAGAGUUAUUAAAAACAUAUUACCAGGAUGGGCAUUGCAGUGCAACUACCAGAAAGCUGUGAAUGGAGGAAUAUGGCUCACCUGGGAUCCAAAUGUGUAUAGUGUUGAUGUUGAAAAAGUAGAGGCUCAGAUUAUACACUGCCUAGUUAAAGGCAGAUUGGAUGAAUUUGAAUCAUAUCUAACAUUGGUAUAUGGCUUCAAUACAGUUGAUCAAAGAAAGGAACUAUGGACAAGUCUGGCUGAUAUCUCUGCACACACAAACAAGUCAUGGCUGAUAGAUGGUGAUUUUAAUGCUAUGCUAUAUACACAAGACAUGAUGUAUGGAAACUCUGUGACACUGAAUGAAAUAGUUGACUUUUCUGAUUGCAUAGACAAUCUAUUACUAAAUGAGCUACCAUGGAAAGGAGACUACUACACCUGGUCCAAUAAUCAACAAGGGGCAGAAAGGAUUUAUAAGGGCAUUGCUGAGAGAAUUGAGAAUGUCAGGGCUGAUCUUGUUCAAGUUCAGGAGGAAAUGAGGUUACAAUACUCAGACAAUUUGCUACUACAAGAGAAGACUAUCUUACAGAACUUGGAGAAAUGGUCACUUAUUGAGGAAAGUAUCCUCAAACAGAAGGCUAGUAUGAAAUGGAUCAAGUUAAGAGAUGCUAAUACUAAGUACUUCUCUGCUGUCAUGAAAGAGAGAAGUCAAAGAAAGAAGAUACUAGAGAUAUACACUAACGAUGGAAUGAAACUGGCUACUCCUACUAGUAUUAAGGAGGAGAUAGUUAAAUUUUAUAAGAGCUUGAUGGGAACUGUUGUUGCAUCUUUUCCUUCUAUCAACAAGGAAACUAUGAAAAAUGGACCUAAGCUCACUCAUGAACAACACUUGAGCUUAUGUGUGGAAGUAACAGAGGAAGAGAUAUAUGCAGCAUUGUGUGCAAUACAUGAAGAUAAAGCCUCUAGAGUGAAUGGAUAUAACUCUUGCUUCUUCAAAGGAGCAUGGCCAAUGAUCAAAAGUGAUGUAGUAAGAGCAAUUGAGGAUUUCUUCACUAUUGGUAAGCUAUAUAAAGCCAUAAAUUGCACUACAAUUACAUUGGUACGUAAGUUAAACAAUCCUAGAGCAGCAAAAGAUUUCAAACCUAUUUCUUGUUGCUUAGUACUAUAUAAGAUCAUCUCAAAGGUGCUAGCGAAUAGACUACAGAAAGUUAUAACAAACAUCAUUAGUGAAGCACAUGCUGGAUUCAUUCAUGGGAGGAAGAUUGCAGACAACAUCAUUUUGGCUCAUGAGCUUGUCAAAGCUUACACAAGGAAGAACACUUCUCCUAGAUGUAUGAUCAAAAUAGACCUGACCAAGGCCUAUGAUUCUGUGGAGUGGAUAUUUCUGGAGCAGGUCAUGGUUGAGCUAGAAUUCCCUAGAAGAUUUCAACACUGGGUCAUAACUUGUGUUAAGACUGUGAGCUACUCAAUUAUGGUGAAUGAAGAGCCUUCAGUUCCUUUCUCAGCAGCUAAAGGACUGAGAUAA